GAGCGACCCACCCAGCGGGUAGCGAAAACGAAGGAGCACAGUUACGCGGCGGUAACCGUGAGGCGCCUGGUUUUGGUGUCUGUCAAUUCUCGAUAUAUAUACACGUACACAUAUGUAUACACAUAUAUGUAUACCUGAAUAAUACUACCUUCAUUUACGCAAUAAAAUAACGAAAAAUAUUGCUACCAGUACUGAUAUUAAAUACAUAAAAAUAUAGUAAUAAUAAAACUUACAUAUCGAUACACUUGUGAGUGAUCAUUAAGUGAUAUUAAAGACGUGACAUUACGCGUUUGUACGUUUAGAGAGAAAAGGACCAAGACGUGCUGCGCCGGCAGCGGCGAGUAAGGAGUUUUUUUUUAUUUUAAAAGUGUGUACGACAAAAUGUCAGUAAGGAUGAUCAACAUUUGCCUGACAGCGAUUAUCGGCCUCCUAGUGGCACAGACACAGGCCGUGUCAGAGAGACUAGAGUUGGCACCAGCCGGAGGAAGAUCCGAGCCCCAGGUUGCUACGCUCUGCGAAGCCAGUGAAACGUAUCUUGCACAGCAUAUGGGCGAACAAGGACGAUGGGUAUCGUCAACGGACACAAAAAGCUGCAUGACAGACAAACUGGAGAUUCUCGAGUACUGCAAGAAGGCUUAUCCGAAGAGGGAUAUUACGAAUAUCGUUGAGUCGUCCCACUAUGUACGAGUUGGCGGUUGGUGCAAACCUGGACGAACUAAAUGUAAACUGUCUCGAUGGGUCAAGCCGUACAGAUGCCUGGAGGGGCCUUUCCAGAGUGACGCUCUUCUUGUACCAGAAGGAUGUCUCUUUGAUCACUUGCAUAAUCACACUAAAUGCUGGGAAUCUCAUAGGUGGAACUCCACAGCAGCAGACACAUGUCGCGAAAGAAACAUGAAUUUACGGAGUUUUGCGAUGCUAUUGCCUUGUGGAAUAUCUCUCUUCUCUGGCGUCGAGUUUGUUUGCUGUCCCAAGCAUCUGAAAGACAAUGUAAAACCAAAAAAACCAAUCGACUUGCCGAUUGUCAAAGGUACCGAAGAUGAUUUAGAUGAAGAAGAGGAUGAUUUAGACGAUGAUGACGACAUUGACAGCGAUGGAGAUAGCGACAGUGAGGCUGACAAUGAUGAUGAUGACUCGGAUGGUGAUCUCGAGGAUGUGCUGAGUGAUCAGGCGUAUGAAGAUGAAAGCGACGAGGCAUAUUUAGAUGAUUAUGACACGACUACUGCGAACAUUAAACCCUCAACCACAGUAUCAACAACAGAGAAAAGUAAACAAGAACCUACGGCUAUGCCAGUACCUGUUAGCUCAAGUUCUCAAUCACCAUCCCAGCCCCAGGGUACGCCUGAUCCAUAUUUAACUCAUUUCGAUCCACGCUCUGAGCAUCAAAGUUACAAGCAAGCGCAAAUGCGCCUCGAAGAAGUACACAAGGAAAAGGUUACCAAGGUGAUGAAGGACUGGAGUGAUCUUGAGGAAAGAUAUCAAGAUAUACGUGCACGUGAUCCAGUAGCUGCUGAUGCAUUUAAACGAUGGAUGACUGCUAGAUUCCAAGAGACUGUUGCGGCUUUGGAGGCAAGCGGUGCUGCAGAGAAACAUCAAUUGAGUGCAAUGCAUCAGCAACGAGUUCAAGAAGCUGUUAAACAGAGAAAUGAAGAAGCUAUGUCAUGUUAUACCGCUGCUUUGAACGAAACACCUCCAAAUAUGCACCGAAUUCAAAAAUGUCUGCAAAAAUUACUGAGAGCUCUACACAAAGACCGACAUCACACAAUCGCCCACUACAAACAUUUAUUGGACAGCAGUUUAGAGCAAGCACAGCGUGAGAAACCAGCGACACUUGAGCAUUUAGCUGAAAUUGACAGGAUUACAAAUCAAAGUCUCUUGAUGUUGGAACGGUAUCCAGAAUUGAGUGCUAAAAUUGGACGGCUGAUGGAUGAUUAUGUAUUGGCCCUCAGGAGCAAAGAUGAGACGCCGGGACUUCUCCUUGCAAUGACACGGGAAGCUGAGGCUGCUAUUCUGGAUAAAUAUCAGGCCGAUGUAGCGAGCAAACAACAAGAAAAAGAACAUCAAAAGCAACUGGACCGUGAACGUAAAGAGCAGCGAAAGGUAGAAAGGGGUGAAUUGCGUACGGAGCAAGAACAACAUGAAGACGGUGAUCCUGUUAUUGAGAAGAAAGAUAUAGUGCAACCUCCACUUGAGCCACAACAGCAACAGCAACCACAACAACAGCAGCAGCAACAGUUACAACAGUCAGCAGCUGCCGCAAUGCACAACGAGGGCAUUAUCAGAGCUGCACACAGUAUGACUCACGAUGUUUCGCACUCGGAACCUGGAUACUCCAUAAGGCGAGAAAUUUAUCACAGAGAGAGCCGCUCAGUCUAUUUCACUCUAGCGUUUGCUGGUAUUGCACUCAUGGCUGCGGCAAUUGUUGGUAUUGCAGUAUUCAAAAGACGCAGUGCCAGAAGCCCACACAGUCAAGGAUUCAUAGAAGUUGAUCAAGCGGCAACUCCUGAAGAGCGACAUGUUGCCAAUAUGCAAAUAAACGGCUAUGAAAAUCCGACAUACAAAUAUUUUGAAGUAAAGGAAUAAGUUUACUAAAAUAAAAAAAGAAUAAUUUUUUUUUCUUUUUUUUUUUCCAUCUAUUGAUCGGUAAGAAGAUAAUCGAUCAUUAAAAAAAAAUAUCUACACUGUUUGUCUCAUUAACUAAUAACUAUUUCACCCACAUCUCACUUGGAGAAUUCCAGAAUCUCAUAAAGCAGUUCGUGAUUAAAAAUGAAGAAAAUUAAAUAAAUUAAUGAAUAAUAAAUUAGUUUAUACAUGCUUUCGCGCGGUCCUGCAGAAUAUACUCGUAUAUUAAUAAUAAUAAUAAUAAAAAUAUUAAUAAUAAUAAUAACGACCGGCUGGAUCAGAAAAAAUUUUUUAAUUUCAUAAAACGUCUAUUUGUUAAUCAUCUCAAGACGUAAGAUAUUCUAAAUGUGCCGUCCGUCAUCGUAAUCACGUGCCAUAGAGGCGAGACAUUGUAGGACUUUGAUGUUUGAAAGCGCAAUCAUGUCUUUUUACUAUCCAUACUUACACAUCUCUUUCAGAUACUUUUACUUUUGUUCUGAUAUUUUGCAAGACCCUUUGCAGUUCAUUAUAUAAAAAAAUUAAACUUAUAAAAAAAUAAUUAAAGUAUAAAAAAAAAAAAGUAUAAAAGAUAAUUAAAUAAUUUAAAAAAAUAUAAAUAAAGAAGCCGUAGCUUUGAUUUGGCAGCCGUGCAGGCAAUCGACUGUAGCUUUAACUGCAGAGCUAAUUGAAGAUAUUUAUUACACAAUAAAUAUAUAAGUAAAUAAUUAAAUGAAUAAAUGAAUGAGAGCUAGCUAAUAUGUAGCAUGUACGCGAAAGUAUAUGAAUUGCCAUAAUAAUAAAGAAAAAAAUAACAAGUAAUCUUGAAAUAUCAGAACGUCCAUUGAUAAGCUUUUUAUUUUAAACGUACUAUUUUACUGUUAUAAUUAUUAUUUUUAGUGUCCAUUGCCUGUUAUUAUUUUCUUUUAAAAAAUAAGUAACCACGGUUAGGUACUUAAUGCAUAUUAUUGUUUGACAUUGAAAUUUUAUACUAUUUAAAAAAAAUCAACUAACUUAAUUUUAUUAUAAUAAUUAUUAAAAACAAUUUAUGUUAAUUACUAUACUUUAACAAACAAAUUGAUAUUAUUUUAUCAUUCCAUAAGUCAUUGUUUAUUUACAUAUUAUUUGAAUUAUUAAAAAUAUUUAUUAAAAAAAAAAUCAAAUAGUGGUCUUGCUUAUUUUUUUUUGUUUAUUAUAAUUUUAUUUCAUUGCAGUGUGGUAUAAUUACCUCUUAUUAUGUAGAAAAAAAACCAUUAGUUAAGUAACAUAAAAAGUGGCGGCUGUUAAAAUUACACUCCAUUUUUUUUCGGUUUUUCCAUUAAGAAAAUUGUUCAUACAAUAACUAUCUUAGGAUAAUACUAAUGGUAUAUAUACAUACAUGAUGAAUAAAAAUAAUAUGAUCUAAGGACGAUGAAAAUAAUAUAUAUUAUAUUAAACACGUUUAAUGCUUAUAUAUUUGUAUAUGAUCAAGAGAUACACGCACCUUUGGCCCGGAUAAGUGUCAAUACAUUUUAUUUUAUCAUUAUGUUUUUUUCUUUUUCAAAUCGUAAUUAUCAUACACCCUGAUAAUACUAAUAUUAGAAAAAAAAAAAAAAUAACAGAGAAAUUUGAUUAAAAUAAUUGAAUUAUUUAAUAUUUUUAAUACACUCAAGAGAUGCGUGUGAUGAAAUAAUAUUUACACAUUGAUAUAAUAAACAAUUUAAUAAAAUAUGCUUGAGUGUAUAAUUGAAAUGAAAAUUAAUUUGCUUGUUAACACAUAAACUUUAAAUUUUUAUCACAGUAUAUUAUUAAAGAGAUAAAUAAUAUUAAUAAUAAAUAUUAUUAAUUAAUUUGUCACAUGUAACUCGAUGUGAAAUGAUGAUGGAUUGGCCGAGGUACAUACACAUUAAACGACUACACAGAUACAUAUACACACGGUAAAAUAAAAAGUAAAUAAUUAAAUGAAUAUAAAUAUAAAUAAAUAAGCAUACUCUUUACUGCUAAAUGUUAUAUUAAAAAUAUUAUUUUAGAUAUGUUAAGAAAAUAAAAUAACAGCAAUUAUUACGUGAACGUAAAUUGAUGGCGAUGGUAAAAAACAACAGAUAGCAUCAAUACAUUUAAUAACUAUAAUAUUAAUAACAAUAAUUAUAAUUAAAUAAUGAUAUAUAAUUAUAUGGCUCAAAAAUUAAAAAAAUUAAUGGGUAUACAUAUAUUUAUAUAUUAUUAUAACAAAUAAUUAUAUAUGUACCUAUAGUGUGUAGUUAUUACAAAAAUAAAAAAAUAAUAAAAAAAAGCAUUGUAUGCAAAACAGGACUGACUCUGUGUCACAGGUUCUAGGUAAAUUUAUCAAAUUUUAUUUUUUUUUGUUUAUACUUCUUAAUAAUUAAUGGUUAUUUAUAUUAUUUAACGGUAUAGUCCAUUACCACGAUCGUAAUUGUAAUUAUAUUUAUGAUAGGCAUAAUAGAAAUUUUUAUUUAUAAUUAUUCAGUUGAUGAGAAAAAAUAAUAAAUAAAUAAAUGAAUAAAAUUGAUUGAAAGUUUCGUGGGAUUGGACUUGACAGUAUUAGAUCGAUUGGAGCAUAUCAGUUUGGUAAAUGUAAUUUUGAAGGUAACUGAUUAACUAGUUUAGUGACCUUCAAAAGUUCCUGUGACCUGGUAUCAGACCAACUCUAUACGUAAGUUUAAGAAUUGAUUUUUGUAAAGAGGUAAUAAUUCUAUAUUAAAAUAAUAAUAUUACUUACGACUUAGCUUAAUUAAUGAAAAAUAAAUAAAUAAAACACAUGACAUGUGAAAAGAUGAGUAAAUAAAUGAAUAAAUAAAUAAAAAACAAAUAUACGUCCUUCAGUAGAAAUCCAAGUUGCAAGUGGAUUAUAACAAUAAUAACAUUAAAUUAUCUCAUUAUAUAUCUGAUAAUUAUAUUUUAUACUAAUUUAUCUCUUAUUAUUAUUUUGCACCUCUUUUUAAUUACUUGGAUGUCAGAUAAAAAUUAUCUUCAAAAAAGCAAAGUAAUUAUUAAUUAUUGCAUGCAUAUUUCAUAAUUAUUGUUAAUAAAAUAAAAGAAAAAACAUUAUUAAUAAAAAUAAAGUAAUCAGUUCAAAAUGUAGAGCCGAUAUGCCUAAGUUUUGCUUCGCACAUAUGAGACACUUCGAUGUUUUUAAUUAAAUGUGUGUUAUAAAAUAUUUUUUUUUGUCACUGUACAAUAAAUAUUUAUUAAAAGAAUGAAAGAGAGGGAGAGAAUGACAGACGGAUGAUUAUUGAAAAAAGAACAGGCUCGUUAGAAAAAAAAUAAUAAGUUAAUAAAUAAACAAAGAAAGCUUGAUAUUAACAGCAAUAUAUUGAACAUUGAAAUUAAUUUUUUUUUUUAAUUAAGUUGUUAUUUUGUCCACGGCACACUUUUAUUGUUAAUUUAUUCUUUAAAGUCUUAAUUUGUUAUUCAUUUGGAGUGGACUUGAUUAAAAAUUAAUUUUUAUUGUUAGUGUGCGGAUCAAAUACUCUAGUUCUUUAUUUUCUUUUCUACUCAAUCCUUUGAUUUAACCGUAAAAUAAAAAUAUAUACUUGGUAAAUAAUUGUGUUUGUGGAUACUUGUAAUUCUACUUAUCAAUAAAAUAUUUAAAAAUACCUUA